GGGGUUGCUGUUGGUGCAGAGCCAAAAGAUAAUAAAGUGCAAAGUGGAUUAUUUACAGUACAGAGUGGCUCACACCUCUGUGGGACAGAAACUUCAAGAGCUCCACAAGUUUCGGGAUUACUCAACAUCGACUGUUUACACUCUAAGAUGAGGUGUUCCUUUGUCAAAGACUAGGUCAGCACAACUUUUGGUGUCCAUUUGAAUGAAAGACCAUGCAGCUAAAGCUUUAAAUGUUGAAAAGAUUGAAAAGAGAUUUGUAGUUUAGGGGACCAAGCAUUUUAUUUUUCGGUAGCUAAAUCAGCCAAGCAUGGAAAAUGAAACUCAUGUAGUCUCCUGGAGCAGAAAAUCUAUUUUUAUGAUACACCAGUGAGAAAUGCAACUGAGUGUUAAAAGUUCCCACCAAACAAAAGUUCCCUCCGUUAUAAGUAUCUCUCCAGGUAUAUUACUAUGGGAAAGUGAAAGCACGUUAUGCAGGGAAAUAGCAGUGGAGUGUUACUAAUGCCUCCAAGCAAGCAAAAUACUUAAGAAGACUUUAAAGCUCCUGUGUCUUUUUUAGUGUUUUAUCCCUGGGAAAAGUUAUGAAGAACUACAACAAGUCUGUACAUCUUUAACCCACUAACAGUGCAUAAGCCAGCUGGUAGUGCUGAUAGUAACCCCGAAUUUCCACCGCAUCCGGAAUGGCUCCAAUCCGGAAUCCUGAAUCCAUCGCCACUUAAUUUUUUUUGCGUCGCUAACAUAGACUGUAUAUACUAUGGACAACUUGGUUUUGCCUUCCACCAGUAUACGGAUCUGAAGCCGAACAGUUCUCGGUAAUUCUAGGUUUUUUCUCCACUUCCUGAAACCAACAUUGUGCAGUAGCGUUGUAUGCACUCCACCACUUGUGCAGUAGCAUUGUGUGCAUUCAGCGGGGGAGUCACCGAGAGUCACUGUGAUGACUCUCGGCUCAAACAGCGUAUCCCCCGGGUGAGCUACGCAAUCCUUGUACGCCCAUAGGCUGUAUCAAGUGUCAAGUGAAAACAUGAACCUCUUAAUAACUUUUAAAAAGGAGCUGUACAGAAAAAAGAGGACUUGAGCACAAACCAGUCUUACAGUAACUACAUGUCAACCUAAUCAAGAUCGGACAAUAUGACAAAGUAUAUCGUGAUCAUCUUUUUGGCCAAAUCGCCCAGGCCUAUUGUGACGUUGUUUUCAAUGAUUCUAAUAUUAGAAGCAGGGUUGGAAUGUUUGCCGAUUGGUUGUUUUGCCGAUUCGUGCAGUUUACAGCACAACAGCUCCUUGUCAAUUUCUCUGUUGACUCUGCUAGUAAGUAAGAAAUGUCCCACUUCCUGCCUCCUGGCUGCGCGCGCAUACCUAUAAUAAUGUUGCACAGAAACCCGAUGGUGUCCAUUUUUUUUGCAUCAGUAACUUCGGUUGUUGCUUCUUCUUUUUUUUUUUUUUUUGCAUUCUUUUUUUUUAUAUGUGCAGCAGUGACGGUUCUCGGCCACCAUAUAUUUAGAGUAGUCGUUAUCCACCCUUUACUUUCAGUUCAUUCUGUGGGCAGUAUAUGUGACGUCACUGGUCUCUAAGGGGAGGGGGCGGGGGGUCGGGAGGCUCGCGGCAGCAGGUGAGAGCGCAGCAUCGUUUCCUCGCGGCUUUCAGAGACGCAGAGCGGCGGAGUAGCGGAGCCGAGCGGAGCCAUGGGAAAGCUUCAAGAAUUUGAUAUCACUUUUACCAACAACAAGGUGGUUUACGGUCCCGGGGAGUCUAUCAGCGGAACUGUGAAGAUUAAAACCGCCAACUCGCUGCAGUACAAAGGUAAGCUGUCCUUUCUUCAACAUGUUUUCUAACAUGAGGGGAAGGAACAGUUUUGCCAGCGUGUCUUUCACCGCCUGCUGAAGAAGCGGACUGCUGCAUGUAAAUAAACUUUUCCUCCCUUACUGUGGACACCAGGAAGAAAAAAUAGGGCUGAAUUUUUAACUGCGUGAUUGUCUCCCGGUUGGUGAUAUGGCUCAUUUUGUGACCGAGUGAAAUAAAGUACGUUCAUGACGGUUUUUUGGUGCUUCUGCUUUGGGGAGUGGACGUUCCCACGCAGCACAUGACACGAGCAGCCGCUGUGGACUGUCAGCUUUUUCAGUAGUUUCAGCCGGUUGAUGCUGCUCGGUAACUAUUCAUGUUGUUUUGAAACCACAUCCUGCGUGUUGUGACAUGUUGCUUCUCUUUAAAAUCAAACUAGAAAUAUGAACGGAGAGAAACACACCACCCAAAUGAAGAACAACAGGUGUUGGACCCUUAAUACUGAGAGUAAACAUCUAUUAUUAGUAAGGAGAGAGGAUUAAAUUUUAUGGUAGCAGUAUUCCAGGAAAACCAGCCCAAAUGGUUUAAUAAUGAGGGGUGAAGUCAGUUAGCAAGGUGAACACCAGCCCCUGGGGUUGCCAUGGAGGUGCACAAAGAAUCUAUUGUAGGUGUGGGAUCCUUGUGGGGAUUUUUGUCUGAUAGAGGGUUGCUAUCAACUUGUAACUAAGCACUUUUUCAAAGGGAGUCUGGCACCGAGGUAUGUUAAUGGACAGAGAGAGAAAGCCCUGAAAAGAGAGGACUUAUGAGCAGAGGAGGGAUGCUGAAGCAGUGUUUUUGUCUCUGUUCAUUCAUCAUAGACCCAAACAGCACUGACAGACAGACAGACCUGAUGUAUAACUUUGCUGAGGUAUCUUUGUUGUUUUGAGCAACACUGAUACAGCAAAGGUAGGGCUGGGCGAUAAAAUGACAAGGAUAUAUAUUGAAAUUUAAUUUCCCUUGAUAUCAAUAUAAAACAUGGUCAAUAUGCUUUUUAAUAGUCGGCAUUCUGCCAUGUUUUGGUAGACUAUAUGAACAGCCAAUGAAAAGGGGAGUUGCUUCGGGUCCACUUCACUCUGAACCAAUAAUGUGCUGAACUAGAACUAAGUAGCAAACAACUGUGUGGUAGUAGGCUGCAGCUACACGCAACCAUAGCACUUUAACCAUUCAUUUCCCCCAUAUCUGGAACGGCUACGAAAAGGACGUAACCACCAAUCAUAGCUGAUCGCAAGAGUUCUAUUUUUUCCGGACGCCGGAGCAUGCCGGAUAAAUACAGCACAGAUUAAGCCGUACUGGAACGGAGGUCGGGCACAGACACAAAAUAAAAGAUCCGGCUUCUUUUCAAAAUAAAACACCCCGUGUUUCAGGUGGCUCUUAUUUCACACCAUGCGAACGGGCGGGGAUGAACAAGUGAAAGGUUUUCAGGUAGCAAUUUACCCCGAUGACACCAAGGAUGAGGAGAUGCUGUAGUGUAGAAGUGUAGAAGUAGAUUUCCUCCUCUGGAAGGACACAAUCUACUGCUUACAUGGUUAGCCUAUGUGGCUAAGGACAACUUGUUAGAUGGCAACUUGUACCUAGACUAUAAAGGAAACUAAUCCCCGCAACAGUCUAAUAUCAUGUGAUUUUUAGUCAUACUGUGGACAGAUUGAGUUUCAGAUGCAUUAAACUGGCGGCGCUCCCACCUGUAUGUCUGCCAUACUGUGAUUAAUUUGCCAUAAUGCACAGACUGACCUGUGACAGAUGGUGCUACAGUGGAGGUCAGAGCUCCUGCUGAGCCGUGUUACAUUGUAAGGUCACGCGAAUGCUGCUAUCUGUACCUGACACCAGGCGUUGUCCCCAAAUGAAACCUCUGUCUGCUGUGGUGGAUGAUGUUUUGUCCUUGCAGCAUACAGAGAGGCUGCAAUGAGUCAACAGCUCAGCAGACGUACAAUAAGAUGGUAAAAACAGCAUGUGAAGAGGAGAUUGUCAUUCAUUAUCAGCUCAGAUCAUCUUCAUACAGCUGUUAUUUACUGUCGCUCUGUCUAUUAACUUUUGUUUCUCCAAAAUCUAAAAGGAAAGCUUUGACACCUGCAUCCUGCAAGUGUGAGAAACCACAAUGUAGUUUCAUUCUUCUGCAUGUCUGCGGAAAUAUUUGCCAGUUGGUGAAACUGCUGAUCGCACAUUCCUCAUUUUACAGUUAAGUGGCUUAAAAAAAAAAGAUGAUUAUGCCAAAAUCUCCCAAAGAAAAACAAAUGAUGAAAGAUUAUCAAACAAUUUUCUUCAAUUACCCGUAAUUCUGCCUUUGGCUGGCACUCUUUUGUCCUUUUACCACCCACUCACUCCAAGGUCGGGCCACAUAGUUUUUAAGUAUUAUGUUCUGCUGUUGAAGAGAUUGGGGUCGAACAUUUUGCAAAAACUGGUGACGUUGUUGCAUUGCAAGGUAACCUAAGCAGAAGAUAACCUAGAAAGGUGUAUGUGGAAUUUUAUGAGAGGCCUUUUUCAAUAAGCUCAAUUAAAGUAAGGACAAAACUACAGUCAGACUUUAAAAGGAGCCUAGAUACCCAUUUAAUCCCUGAUCCCAUUACUCAGGUCCUCUGAGCAGUCUGUCGUUAUUGUCCCCUGUGACUUAUAAAGUCAAGGGUUACAGCCCCUUUUUCAGCUUUGAAUAUAAACAUGUACUUGAAUUGCUUUGCUGCUUUUGUCACAGUCACCUGCAAUUAGUUUGAUGACAUAAGACAAAUUUAGAGGGAUGUCCUGCUCAUCUCAUUACCUGUUAAGAUAGGGGGCAGAUGUACGGCCUUGCUAGAAUUAGGGGUGUCCUGAUACAACUGUUCUACUUCCAGUACGAUAACGAUAUUCAAGCCUUCAGUAUUGGCCGAUACCGAUAUUGAUCCGAUAUUGGCACAAACUUGUGCAUGACAAGUUUUGCACUCAGCUGCAACGUCCUUUUUGGACUUAAACAAAAAUUACUGUCACACAGCUGACAAUACUCUUACUCCUUGCUACUUUGGUAGUACCUUAGUACACACUGUUUUUGUGAUUAUGUGGGGUCUGAAUGCUGGAUCCAGGGGCUGCUAGAUAUAGGUGCUGGAGUGGAGUCUGGAAUAGACUGCUUGUAUUGGAGUGGUGAUAUCGGAGAUUUCAGAUGCAGGCCGAUAUAAUCCGGUAUUCGUUUAUUUGCUGAUAUUGAACUGAUAUCAAUAUAAAUAUCGGAUUAGGACAUCCCAAGGUAGAAUAACGUGAUAAUACAGUGUUAACUCUUAGUGUUUGCACCUUCAGCGCGUGCACAUCAUAGUGAUAUUAAAAUCAUUCACAAAAGAGGAUGGUGAGUUUUCUUCCAAUGAAAGGAACCAUCACCGGGCAAAUUGAACAUGGUUUUAACAAUUACAGGAAGUACUGUUCACACAGAAGUAAGUUGACCUUGUUUCUUUGAUUAAAUUUGCUGCUAUAGUCUCAACUCUGUCCAUCUCUGACUUUCUGUAUCUUCCUCUACCCCCUCUCUAAACCCAGUGCAGUUGCAGCUGAUGGCUGUCUUAAAUAAAUCAGGUUCUGCUCAAGGUUUCUGCCUGUUAAAGGAUGUUGUUCCUCUCCACUGUAACUUGCUAAAUGCUGCAAAGCGUUUCACUCGUGGCUGUAGAUGGGGUGGGAGCGGGUCUGAUCUUGAAGGAUGGGGCUCCUUCUUAUCCCAUCUUUGCAGUGAGUCUUUUACAUAGAUUAUGGUCUACACAGGCUUUUUUGUUAAGUGUCUUGGGAAUAUAUUUACUGUGAACUGAAGCUCUAUAAAAAAAAGAUUGAUUGAUUAUGUAUGAAUGUAUGUUGUACUUGUUUACCUUUAGCACUGUGUGUGUUAGAGCUGAUCUCAGAAGGCUGGACAGUGUAAUAUAAGCAGUUGUUUUCAUGCCCUUUAAAUUCACUGUAUUUAUCUGGUGUAAAUUUCUGCACAGAUAUGUAAGGAUGAUAGGGUGGAGUGCACAUGCAGUGACAGCUUGUGUGCAUCACCAGUGAUCUUCAACAUGACAGCUUUAUGACAUUAUUUUGAAGUAUGGGAAACAGGCAGCAAGAAGGCUGUUUGUUAUGCUUGUGAAGAACAGGUGAUGGCAGGAAGAGUAAAACAACUCUCUUGUAUUGUCAUCGUCACUCAGAACAGCACCGAGAGUUAACAUGGGAUUGUUGUCAGCAGCCUUUACAUAAACUAUUCCACAAAACCAAGAAACAAGAGCAGCAACCACCACCCAAAGAUUAAACAGCUUUUCAAAACAAAGAUGAAUUAUUUGUUCUUGAUAUCCGGCCUCUGAGCCUGGUGGAAGAUACAGACUUCUGCAGGGGAAUACUUGGAUUGGUAUCAUUGGCAUCGACCUAAGUGAGUUUGAAAAUAUCAGUCUAUUAGAUAUCAGCAGAAGUUCAAUUACAUGCAUCUCUAGAUUGUGAAGUGUUUUUUGGUCUUGGCCUGCAGCGCACUUUAGUCUGAUCACAUUAUUUUAAAUCUGCUUUACAGCAAUUGAGUUUGAGACCGUGAAAAUACAUAUGGUAUGUUGUAUCUGAACAGGUUAGCUUACAAGCUAAAGUUACUUAGCACAGAUGAAAGUUAAAACAAAGACGUUUAGCAAACUGUUAAAGCAGACAAACCAUCGUCAUAUGAGAGAUCCGACACUUUGACUCUCCACAAGUUGUCCUUCAGGUCGUUAUCUUUGUAAUAAUUGUGUUUUUUAUCAAAAAGCUCUCUGUUCUCCGAAUCGUAAUGUUGGAUAUACCAGUGAAUCUGAAGUCGCAACAACACGAAAUCUGAUUGGUCCGAAGUGGACACACAGUAUGCGAAACUUUAGAAAAUGCGACUGUGAUAUGAAAAAAUAAAUGCCGCAGUAUCGCAGGAAGGGAAUACGUCGCUCAUGUGAAUGUUUGUAUUGACAGGAUACGGGUUCGAAAAAAAAUGUUGACGUCUGAAAUAAUCACAUGAAAAAAAAAACGUUCCCGGUGUGUUAGGACCUUAAGUCAGGUUAGGAGCUCAAGAUGUGGCAGCACGACCUGUUGCUUCUGAAUCAUCCUGAGGUGUGUUGACAGAUUUAAGAUGAGAGAUUUCACCAGUUUUUGUAGCAGAGUUUUUCCAACCUCUCAAACACUGUUGAAACUUCUUAAGUUUUUUAUUACGGUUCCUGUCUUCACUGCCAGAUAAAGUUAAACCACACUAGAGUUGAUUUUUCUAAAGAUGAUGACAAGCUGCUGUUUUUAAAGUCCUCCGUCAGAGUCUUCAGCUCACGUCAGGGUGAAAGUUGCUCCAGCUGAGGAGACUUUGGCUCCAUCUCGGGCUUUCAGGUUAUCCAUUAAUGUACUGUACCGCCAAGGCUGCAUUAUAUGUCUGGUGACAUCACCCCUCUGGACCAUGGCUGUUGAUGACUCCAUCAAUCAGGCGGUGUGAAUCAUGCUGAGGCAGGGCAGCGUUAGGCUGUCUGCUCUGUGAAAGCGUGAGAAUUUCCUGUUUUUGUUUCUCUAGAAGAGAACAAAGAGGAAUUGUUGGCUUAUUUCUUGUUGUCUGAACUGUUAUAUAGACUGUUGGUUAAUCUAUUUUCCACAUUUAUUAGAUUAAAGAUGCCCCAUUAGGUCUAACAGUGAGGCGCAGGGGUAAUAAUCUGAGAAGCCAUUUCCACAUUUAUUAAAUCUAGAAGAAGAUUCAGAUUAAGAGUUUACUCCAAGGACCAUUUUCCCCAUCAGUACAAACAGUGAAAAACCUUUUUAAUUGCGGAGUGAUUUUUCAUCCACAGUUGGUUUACAGCAAGGUCCAAUCUGGCGAUGAAUCAGCACGUUUUCAGAGUUAUUUAGAGCCCUUUGGUUGUUUUUCUCUGUUAGAUUUGGACACCAUAGUAGCUUUAUGGAUCCUGAUGUAGUGGGUUUACAUUGUGAAUCGUGUGUCUACAAGCCAUAUAAUGAAAUAAAUACACAGAGAUAUUAAUAAACAGAUAAAAGCUCUCUGAGAUGCCGAGUAUUGUGGAGGCCAUAUUCUCCGCCUCUCUCUAUUAUUGAUGAUGGAGACCAUUAGACAGCAUUUCUAUUGAUUGGCUUCCUUACAAAGACAGUCGUUACAGAAAAGUGCCACUUACACGCAUUGCUUACAUGUGCAGCCCAGUUCAAACGUUUACUCAUGGCAACUACAUGUUGAAAUAUCAAGUUUACUUACUUCACUCAAUAAGUACGACCAAAAAGUUAUGAUAAGUACACUAACUGUGGUUUUUGUGCGCAGGUAGAAGAAAAUAACUUUCCUAAAUUGUUUCAUUUAGUUGUUUUUCUGCUACCAUCAUAGCCCUGUAACACUUAUCUUCUGUUUUAAAGGUAAAAUCAUGACAGUGUUUCAUCUACAAGCUCAUUUUUUUGAUGUAGAUGUUUGUUAUUGGCUGUAAACACCCUCACUGAGAAGCCGGGGAUUCCUCUGUGUUGUUAAUGGCGUUGAGUUAUAGAUCCAAAGUAGCGAGGGCAGCCAGCCUGUCUGUUUGGUUUAGUCUCCUCCUGUGUCCUACUCGGCCUCCCUGCUUUUAAAAGCAUGUCCAAUACUGCCACCUGAUACAGGAGAUGUUGCUGUUUUGAUUCACUGUCUUUGCUUUCAUGGAUAUUUAAUCUCUCGUGGGUUAUGUCUGUCUUGGCAGUUUCAUUCAGCCUCUUGGUGACAGUGUGACAGUAGACUGCAGGCGGGAUUUAAUUGAAUAAAAAGACUUAUUUGUCAUCUUAUUGUUCCUCAUAGAGUAAACCAAAGUAGACUUUCAACAGAGGUGAGUGUAAACGAGAUGUUUAGGCGUGUACUUCUUUUGUAUCUCAUGUGACUGAAGUAGAUCUCAGCAAAGCAGAUACACAAACAUCAUCUGUGGUAACAGAAACCACCACCUCUGUGUAAACAAAGCUAGGUGUCUCCUCGUGUUCGCUGAGAGCUGGCCACAGGCAUGUGUGCGCAAAAACCCACUGAAUCACACUUUUCGUACCUCCAGAAUGAACAGUUUCUAUCUUUUUUUAAAACCUAUAAAAAAGGUGGUAAAAAUCCCUUUAAAACCAUCAAACCAUAAGGGUUUUGGUUGCUUUGUGCACAGCCAGCAAACAAGAGUCGUCUCAACAUUGUUGUCGUUGCACAGAAUGUAAACACUGUGUCUCUGAAUAUACUUGUGGUGGGGCUUAUUUAGGUAUAAAGUUACUCAUAAGGAGGCUAAUAUUAAUGAGAAUAAUUUUAAAUCUAUCUGCAUGUGGGUCUAAAGAGCAUUUGUAUUGAUUUGAAUGAAUUUGAAUGUCUGUCCUCAUGAGUCAGCAUUUGUCCUCGCAGCAGCAAUCGUUCCAACGAAAAAAUUGAUUAAAAAGUGCGAGGACACAAACAAUGGGGUGGGCAUCGAUAUCUCAGAAGAUAUGAGUUCCAUGGAAACUGACGAACAAUGGAGAGAGUGUCCUCUGACUGGAAAAGUCUGUCUUGAGUUUUGAUCUGCCAAAAUGAUGAGUCACGAGCAAAUGAAUCUGGCUGAUGAUGUGAAACAGUGAUAAAAGAAUAGGCUUCAAUGUCUCACCAUCAUACUUAUCAGACACUUUUCCUCUUACAUGAAGAUUAGUUCACCACCUGUGAAAAUAGUUUUUAAUAGUUUUAAAACUGUUUUAUUAACCGCUUCUGUGAUUUCAGAUCAUCUCUUUAUGAUUGAAUCAGCUGAAGAACCUGAGCUGAAUGGACUCAGAGAAAAUGAAUGCAAUCAGUUUAUGAGUAUCUCCAGGUCAGGCCCAUAAAGGCGCUCCUGCGGGGUGAGUUUCUGUGUGUGUGUCUAGACUCAGGGUCCUGAGUAAAAGAUGACAUCACUGCCCCGAGGGCGACUGAUAAGAGAUCUGCCUGAGAAAGCAGCGCAGUGACACAUCCUGAGGACUCAUCAGUCAGCUCACUGCACUGACCUGGAAAUAAAACACAGAAGUAAAAAAUCUGCCAUUUUGAUUUUAUUGGCUGCUAUUUUUACUAUCACUAUUACUUGUGAAACUUUUUCAACUUAUUUUACUGUCACUGUUUCCACUUCAGCAGCUUUAAUUUGACCUCUUCUUCUUCACUUCUGAACUUCAUCUAUCCUGCACAGACUCUUUUUGAUCAUCUUUGAUUCUUGUACCACUGCAGUAUUCCUCUUGUAAAUACUAUUUCUAUUCCACUCUACUCGUUCUACUCUUUCAUUUUAUAACACUUUGAACUCCUCCCUUUUGCACUUUUACUUAUCUUGUUCCUCUUUUCCCUACUUAUACUUUUACUGCUACUGCUUCUGUCACGUCUACUUUUUGUACUAUUACUUCCCCUGCAGUGGUUGACACUUGCUUGUACAACUUCUUUAAUUAGCUAGCCCACAGCAACAGCUACACUUGACACCUCCAGGCUGUUAUUGUUGCAACCUUUGCUGUUAGUGGCAAAACGAAGCAGCACCCUUUGAAGGUUCAAUUUAGUCAAAGUUAAAGCCAAUAAAAUCCUGUUAGAGCCCAGAAGAAAGUAGAUAGUUUUACAGUUUUGGUUUCUUUAUUCAUAAGUAGGAAUGUUAACAAUUAAUCAAGUAGCUAUUGAGGAAUAAUUGUUGAGAAUAAUGUACUGGAACAUGCAUGUUUUUGUUAGUUUUUUAGUUAUUUGGUAAUGAUAAGCAAUGCGUGAGUUCGUGUUAUGUUGAGCUGCCAUGGUGGUGUUUUAAGUGUAAAGAAUGUUUCAGUGCAAACCAACUGGCUAAAGGUGUUGCACACAACAAAGACCCUCCAUAAGUUGAUACAGGGUUUGCACCGCCAGACACCAGACCGUGUGGCAAGCUUUCUUCGAUAAGAAUGAGUAGAAGGAAAAAUGGGUCCUGUAAGUCUGAACUACUUUUUGUUCAGAUCUCUUUUUGCAGCAAAUCCACAUUUAGUUGUUUGAGCCAUGGUUCAACAUGAUUAUUGGAUGUAUGGAUGUCUACAAUCAUGGAUAAGUUCUGCAGCUUUGCAAUACUGUCAGAUAAAUCCAUUAUGUGGCUGUAGAAAGUGUAUGAUCAAGGGAACAAAAGCAUUAGAUGUUUUUUUUCCAUCAGAAAAAUCUAGGUUUCCUUUUAAGAGUCAUUGAUAAUCAAUCGUUCAUAUUUUCAAAGAUAAAUCACAAGGAAUACUUUGAUUUUGCAAUCCUAUUUCAAACAAAAUACACAAACACAAUUCUAUGAGUGUGUAUGUGUGUGUUUGGGGACACGGACAUGAUGUGGUCUCCGGUCCAAGUCCCAUUACAUACCAAAAUAUGGGUGAUGCAGAUGCACUGAUUGCUUAAGCUGUGUGAUUUUUUCCGUGGGCACUGCUGAAGUGCCUUUGACCGAGACACAGAUCCCUCAGAUGCUUGAGUAGCUCAUUUGCUUGCAGGCCUCUUGCUCAGUCAUCUCUCUGUAAGUGUAUAUAUUUGAGAUCCUUUUUGUGCAUGUGUGGGUUUUUGACCAAUGUGUGUGGCACGUUUAAUAAUAGAGUGAAAAAAUUGAAUUUAACGCUUGGGGACUAAUAAAGUCGGUCUUCUUCUUGACAGGCAGGUUUUUAGCUGUUCCCCAAGCAGCACAGCUGUAGCCUCUACUCCACCUCUUUGGUAGUUUCCAGGUUUUUCCUCAGACCGACUGCUAUAGUUUGGUUUCCUGAACCUUAGGGGGACAAAAAAUUAUGAGUAAAAGAGUUACAGUUCAAAGAAAAUCAUUAAAAUUUAUGAUUCAAUUUGGGGGUUUUCUGCGAAAGAUGAUUUGUCCUCCAAACGUGUCAGAUUGUUUUGCAGUAAACCUGCUCAGUUCGGUUCUUCUGGAGUCUUUUUCCUACCUCGCUCAAUGUGACUUUCUCAUUAUGUAUAAAUGGUCAGAAGAAAACAGGUAUUUUUUCUUCUUGUCUUUGUCCUGAACGAGGAAGGUGACACUUGAAUACUCAGUGAGAGGAACAGUGAGUCUGCCCACAGUGAAGGGCGGCUGGCAUGGAUCAACAUGUAGGUCCUCACUCAGUGUCCUGUUCUUGACGCUGUUCUGUCAUAUGAAACCCUUAACCGAAACUGCUCCUUUUCCUCUUGUUCUUAGUCAUGCUAAUGAUAACUAUCCUUUGACCUCUAUAACCAUCACCCACUCUAACUCCACAGCUGGUUAUCUAGGUCUAACAUAAGAGGAUUCUGCUUCAUUCCCUCCGAUAAGCAGACGCAGACACACCCCUGAUCACUCCCCCUCUUCCUCUCUCGAUAAAACUGGCCCACUUCCCGUGCUGCGCUGAAUGAGUUUGCAGAGAGAGGACGUCACUCGUUUUGUGGAAGGGGAACAAAACACUGAUUGGUGCAAACAAAGAAAAGCAAAGAUGAAGCACUUGUCAGCUGGGAGAUAAGAAGUUGGUUUAUGGUCGGGAUGUAUACUGGCGAGUGUUCUCAUGCUGCCCUACUUAGUAAAUGGUUAAUCUCAAUGCAGGGUUGAGAGUUGAUGCUUAAACUAAGGGUUAUACAUUCACAUAUUUGGGGGUCUAGAAUGAGCAUUAAAAGGAUAAAGCUUCAGAGUAGAUUACUCCAGCCAGCAGCUGUGUUAAGAAGUAUAAUGGCUGUAAUUUAAUCCAUUGUGGCACAGCGUUUGUCGAAAGAUGGGUGUUGAAAGUGAUUGUCUUUUGCUUUUUUAAGAGUUAACACAAUUAUGCAGAGUUUGCCCCAAGAAAUCGAUUUUUUUUGUGAAGGACUAAGACACUCUUUUACAAACAGAGGCCAUUAAAGCGCCAAAGCUGCUUACACAAAACAGUUAUUUACCAUACAGGACAACGAGUUGCCUUUAUUGCUUAAUAUCUUGGGAUGAUGGUGGGCUGUAGAACCAAACUUAAUGUCACACAAUAACAAAAGACAAAAUAAGCAAAACAGUGAAAGACAUAAACUCCUGUUUUUACUGUGGCGUUUGGUCUGUGGUGCUGAAAGGCAGUGAGAUUUUGAUGUUACAUGAGAAACCGUUGAAUAACUGGAAGAAGGAAACAAAGAUGAUAUCUUUAAUAGCCUUUAGUUUGAGGUAAACCUGUGUGUUUCUCUUGUUCCAGCUUUUGUAAAGGUAUGAGAGACUUCAUCAGUCCACCUUCCUUUCUCUCCUUGACUCCUUUUACUCUCUUUACUCAGAUAUGCUGCAGUAGUGUUUUCUCUGUGGAAGAUCUGAGAGAGCGAAACAAAGAGAUGUUAUUAAUGUCGGCUAAUGAUUGAGAUAAGUGUCCCAUAUUAGAUAUAAACCUUCUCAUAUCGCUGUUUUGUCGUUGCUCUUAGCUUUGGAUUGUUUCUUCAGGUGAUCGGCCUCACACAAAUCAGCUGUCCUGACAAUAAAACAUUGAGAGUGUGAGUUGUGUUAUUUGGGGUCCUGCUGAUGAGUUUUUCCAAAGAUCAGAAAUACAUAAAGAAACUGUAGGAAGGAGACAGGUCACAGUGCUGCUAAAGGAGGAGAGGUGCAGGUGUCAGGGGCGGAUUCAGGGUUUAUCUUGGGGUGCCUCCCUCCCCCUCUGAAAUUUAGUUACACAUCUCAAAAGUCCAAAACUUUGACCGGCUAUUUGCCUUUUUAGAGUGAAGUGAAUGAUUGCUUUUAUUGAGCUAAUAUUGAUUUAUUUUGGAAAUUUAGCUCAUAUGUUGCUACCAUGUUGUUAAUUUUUAGCUCACUUGUAUUUGAAUUUAAUGCAAUAUAUUCAGAGGUAAGAAAACACUGAUUUGACAUGAUGCGAAAUAAAUUGGGUAACUUUUUUCAAUCAGUUGUACCCUCCAUUCUUUGACUAUACACUCUAAUUUUGACCGUAUUUAUUGAGUGCCCAUCUCUGUUAGGUUGUGUUUGACUAUUUUUGGAAUAUUUUCUGACCUAAAGACUACCAGUUUUCUUAUGAUUUAUUUAAAUGACCACAGGAAAUGAGUUGCAUCUCUGUGUAAAAACCUCCAUUUGUCAAUUGGGCGGUUCUGCGACUAGCAAACCAAACUGGUUGAAGUGCAACAGUCGUGCCAGGCAGAAUAAUGUGUUUGCUUUUCUGUGCAUGUCCUUAUCUCCUCAACACAAUGUCAGGAUGGCAUUUUCUAUCCAGAAUAUCAAAGGUCAUCUUUAAUGGAGAAUUAUUUUUGCUCAGGAACAACAAUUUUCUGACUAUUAUUCAAAGCCAAAACCCAUCUGGAAACUGUGAUAGUUUUGUUUUUACAUUUGUUAAGAUACUGAAGUUACUUUGCAGCAACAUCCAUUGUCAUUGCUUUAAUGGCUUGACAACAUGACAAUAUCCCGGGAUCACAUUUACUGUCCAAGCAUGUGUCUGAAAAUAGGACUUGGUCUCUGGUUUGUGUCCUUCUAAAUUAACUCAACACAAAUGGACAUGAAGCAGAUCAAGAACGACAAAGACUAACAAAGUUAUUUCACAUAAAUUUGACUUACAGUCAAUGUCCCUGAAUCCAAGAUCAGACAACAUCCUCAAACCUCUGUGUCUAUAAAAGAGAGAAGUGACGUUUCUUUUGCUAACUUUACUUGUGGGCUGAGGUGUAAAUCUUUUAGGCAUGAUCCUGCUGUAGCACUGACCCAUUUCUAAAGCAGGUUUCAGGUCCGCUGUUGGUUUUAGGUGUGUUUUAUUGACAUGGUUUUCCAUGGGCCCUUAGGCCAUCAGCAGUUGUUGUUGUUGUUGGACCUACUUUGCUUGAACUCUAAAGAAAACUCUCGGGAAAACCCUAAUCUGUCAACAUCUGAAAGGACAGCAGUGGCGCCUUAAACAUACCUUCACAGAUUCGGGCUCGUUAAAACAGUUUAUGAGUUAAACACAUAAACUAAAUGAAAUAGGUGAAUUUUACCACUUUAAAACCUCUAAUUGGUUCAUGGACUCUUUUUUUUUGUAAGCUCUAAGUUCACUGUCUGUCUAUUUUUGAGCGAGAAGAAAUCACAUUGGUGUUGAAAGCAUACACAGACCUCUGAGCUGUUGUCAUGGUUUUGGAGUCGGCACAAACUGUCUCUCAGAAUGUACUAUUUUGCCCUUGAUGGGAACAUUGAUAACAAUUGAACAUCAUGUUUUCAUUAUAGAAGACAUUCUUUAAAUCUGGAACUUUAUCUUAGAGGAAAUACUUUCAAUAGUCAUUCUGCAAUCAGUGGAUUUGGUCAUUGGUGUCCAUGUCAAAAGUAGGGAUGCACUGAGUCAAGAAAAUAAGAAAUAACACAUGACCAGCAUUAUGAACAUGAAACAAAAUCCUUAAAGAUAAGUUUUAGUGAUCGGUGUUUCUACCAAUGGUAAUGAUGUUCAAUAUAGUAAAAUGCACUUGACCAUGGACUUCACUUCUGAAACUUAAAUAGUAUUGGAUGUCCAUUGUGUCUAGCUUGGAUAAAGCAAAAACACUCAGUGGCUUUGUGUUGUUGUGCAGGUUACUGGCAUUGAUAUCCACCUGAAUUUCUUCAGUUUAGAGCAGAGUGAAGAUUUCUGAAAUGCAAAUAUGUACCCUUAUUCCAAUCGCGAUGAAGGUCAGUGGUAACCAAUCAUAGCUGUAUGUAUUCCAAACACUUUAUAAACCUAAAAAAUAGAUCUCUUCAAAGAGAGCUACUGAACUCUCUCGCUAAACUUUGGUCUGUUUGAAGACAAACAAAUCUGGUGGCAGAACACGUAACUAGACAAGACAUUACUAAGUUUAGAUACUGGGUUUAUUUUAGCAGCAUUUUUCACAAAGUUAGACUCUUCAUUCUUCUCCUUCUGAUUUAAUUUUUAAAAAUGAACUUAAUUUGAAGACAGGACAAGCUGCUUCUGUCUCGUACAUCAGCUGUAUGAGAUAAGGUCAACUGAGGACACAGCUGGUUGCCACAAACGAGAAGCUAAUGCUUGAAUAUAGAUAUCUGCUUACUUAGAUAACAUCUGAGGGGAUGCUGAACUGGCAGGGAGGAAGUGUUUGUUCACAUUUUGUGUGAAAGUAAGUUACAUGUCAUAAAGUCAAAAGAAGUUCUCACAGUAAUGUGUUUGCUCGGAUCACAGAGACAGCGGGGGUCUCCUCAGGUCAAGAAGUCUGUCUGGAUUUUACAUUUUUGUGGCGUGAUGAUGGGUAACAUUGGAGCAGCUGCAGCGCAUGGAUUACAUGUCUACUGGUUAUUUUAUGAUGUAACUUCUGCAGGGAUAAGCCUCUUACACAUGCAUGCACACACAGAGAUGGGUGUGCAGUGUGCAUGCAACAUUAUUAUAAACUGAUCUAAGUGUGCAAAGCUUGUCAUCAACCGUUGUCAAGCAGUAUUAUGAAUGCUUUGGUUAGUCCAUGGGAGAAAAUGACUUUUGAUGCAGAAUGUGAAUUUGAGAUAACAGUGAAAAAUUGAUAAGAAAUGUCAAUGUCAGAUAGAGACGUGAGACACUGCUGAUGUGUGUGCUCUCUUGUCGGGAUGUGAUGUAGAUUUAACUCCUCCCUCGGAGACCCUGACACCCUCAGUCAGGAGUCUUUACCUGAACUCUGCUCACGCAUACCAUGUUACUAUAUGUGUUGUAUACAGUGUACAUACUUUUAUAUUAUCUCUUUAUUUUUAAUUAUUUUACUUAUUUUAUCUCUUUAUUUUUACUUAUUUUAUCUAUUUAUCUCUUUAUUUUUACUUAUUUUAUCUAUUUAUCUCUUUAUUUUUACUUAUUUUAUCUAUUUAUUUUUACUUAUUUUACUUAUUUUAUCUAUUUAUCUCUUUAUUUUUACUUAUUUUAUCUAUUUAUCUAUUUAUUUUUACUUAUUUUAUCUAUUUAUCGCUUUAUUUUUACUGAUUUUAUCUAUUUAUCUCUGUAUUUUUACUUAUUUUACUGAUUUUAUCUAGUUAUCUCUUUAUUUUUACUGAUUUUAUCUAUUAUUUAUCUCCUCUUUUUACUGUGUUUGCGCUGGAGUACUGUGACAAAAAGCAAUAUCCUCCUGGGGAUCAUUAAAAUAUUUCUAAUUCUGAUUCUGAAGUAGAUUUUUUCCAUUAGGGGUUUUGCCUUUAUUUGACAAAGACAUCCUUGAAGACACAGGACAGGAGAGAGAAAGAGGUAGAGUGACGCACACUAAAUCAUAAUGAUUAGUAUAAUGAUGAGUGACUUUGCUAUUUUUUUCUGUUCACAUCUGAAUAAUCUGUCUUCGACAUGCAUUUGUGUGUCAUGUUGUUAUGUAACGUUAUGUCGUUGUCUUAGUCGAUAAUCUGAUUUAAAACGUCUGUUAAUCAGAUUUAUCUUCAUGAAUCUUGAGAUGCGGUGAAAAAAACAGACAAACAGAAACACACUAAAGAGAGGUUUAGAGGCCAACUGGGGUUCAUGCAUUUAGUUCUUGCGGCUUCUUACUUCCUGAGUUUAUAUGGUUGAAAAGCUCUAAUAGAGGGCGUAAAGCCAUGCAUUAAAUUUAUCUUUCCUCCACUGGAGCAGCUCUAAAUGCUAUUACUGAUCUCACAGAGAGCUAACUCAGGACAGGUCUGAAUGAACAACCCCAGCCCUGUUCUGCUGCGGGGGGUUCCCUUACAGUCAGGAGCAAUAGAUCAUGAGAUCAGGUGUCUGUGUUUGACAUGUCUGCUGAGAGUCACUAAAAGGAGGCGAGGGAGGGAGAUGAUGGUAAGGUGAGAGGGACUAAUUGUUUGCAGCACUUAAAGAUUUAAUGAAGGUAGUAAGUGAAGCAUUGAAUUACUCAGCUGUCCUGCAGCGUACAUCAAAGGCUGUGACCUCUAGAGUUGUGGUAGAGAGGAGGAAUUUUUCAUGGACGAAAAGUUUGACAAAUAUCCAGAAACAGAGGCUCUUUUUCUCAGCCCUUUGUGGCUGUUGAAGGUUCAAAACAAAUUAAUACUCUUCAAAUCCUCCAGAAAUUUCUGUUUAUUUGAGCUCCGAUCUUGCUUGCAAAAUGAGUUUUUGAAGUACAAAAAAUAGUCUAAUUCUGUGGAUAGUUUCGUCCUUCCAUGAGCAUCACAAUCGGAGGAUGAAACCUUUUCAAAGCUCCCCUGGUAGAGCUUGGAUAUGAAAUGAAAAAGAAAGUCUUUGAUUACAAGUUUUCACCUUUGAAUUGUAUUUGUCUGACCUGCUCCUUUGUAGUUAAUCAAAUAUUUGAAUUUUGGUUUGUCGGUUGAUUGCAAAAGAUAACAAAAUACUUGUAUGUAGAAGCUGCACCUAGUUUGUGGUUUGAAUAUCUAUUUGACGUAUCCUCAACAAGCCUUUUUUUGGCCUUGUAAGGAACAUAAAGUAAAAAAAAGCCCAGGUUUUAGUCUAAUGGUUCUGAAAAAGGCCAUGUAUAGUCUUGACUUUGACAACAAAGCACCUGUCUUGGGCCAUUUAUUACUCGGUCAGUUAUUUAGUUUGUACAAUUCAACAGUAAAGCAAAUUUAGAUAACCUAAGAGUGGCUCACCCUACCUAAAUACGCCAGAUAAGAGCGAUAAUGUACUGAGUGAAAAUGAAUGUUCAGUCUUUUUGCUGGUUGAUUUACAUUCAAAAUCCACAUUAGCCUUGUUGUGAACAGCAAAAUCUCUUCAUGCAUGAGCUUCUAGUUAGAUAUUUUACAGGCUUACUAGUUUUUGCUUUUGUUUAUUGUGCGGUUUUAAUUCUAAUGGUGUUUUUACAGUAUUUAUAUGUGAUAGCACAACUUUUUUGAUGUCCUAAAAUACUGCAUGUAAAGAAAAUAAUGUCAUUAGGAGAGCUAUUGGUGUUAACACAUUAUUGAUGAUGAGGUUAAGGUCCUAUUAAAUGAGUUGUACUUUUCAGUCGCUUGCAUUUUUGCCCCUUUCAGCACAUUACUGCACACUACUGGCUCAGAUCUAAGGGAUGUCCUCAGGAGGAGUGCAUUGUGACCAGUCAUGCCUUACUGUCUCAGGGAACAAUCAUUUCAAACAUAAAGGACGUGCAUGAAAUAGAGAGAGUUACUAAACUGUAACUCCUAACAAGUGCAAAUUCUUCUAGAUUACCUAGGGAUCACUGAACGUCAAUGAGCGACCAAACUGACGCUGACUUGACAUUUUUGCACAUGCACUCUAACAUAUUUCCUUAUUUGGAAGAGUGUCGUACUUUUAGAAGUAGCUGUCCAAUAAUGCUGAGUCAUGGUUUCAGACCAUAGUGCAUUUGAAUAACAAAUCUAAAGUGAAGAUCAUAAAGUGUAUUUGUUUGAUUACUAAAUCAAAACACUUAUAAGAAUUGCUUUACUUUGUUAAAAUGGACUAAAAAUUGUUAAAAAAUACUGAAUAAUUGAGUUUAAGACAUGCAAUUAAAAUUCAACUUGCACCACAAUUAAAAUCGUGCAAAAAAUUGCAAUUUAACGGCCCUAGUCAUUAGUUAUGAAUCCUGCUAAAUGUCCGUUAGUUACGAAGCAUCUCAGAUGUCAAAUUUGAGCCAUCAGACAAAAGUUUUUUUAAGCCUCAUUUAUUUUGACCCAGUUGAACUUCAUUAAAUCCAAAAUUCAACCCAUUUUGAUCAGCUGUACCCUCUGUUAUGUUUUUUAAAGAAGCUUUAUUGACUCAGAAUUGUCUUAUUAUAUAGACUGUCACUGCAUCUGAAGUCCCCCUGCCUCAUGAUACUGGAAUGUGGGAAUGACGUCUGAGGAGCCUUUUAGUGCAUUUGCUGAAUGUUGAUCGAUUCAAGUAAUUCAAGCUGCCUUUUCUACAUCCCAUUCACACUCCCGACGUCUGCGAGGAUGAAAUCCAAGCCGUUGUUCUCCUGUACAAGACAUUGGGGUUUUCCUCAUCUUGCUUUCUUCGCCUUCAGACCUUCAACCAGCUCACUGAGGCUCCUUUGUGCUUCAGGCGGUCAGCUGAAACUGGACUCAGUGUAAUCAGAGUAAAUAAGGAACCGUCAUCACCAGCCCAGCCUCCCUGCACACUGAUACACCCUCCUCUCAGCUGACUCAUUUUACCCAUGGGCUGAUGCAACUGGCAGCAAGCUUGGGCCAAAUGGUUUUAUCUCACAGAAACAGUUCCGCCUUUUUUUUCUCCAGGAAAUUACACUGUUGUUUUUCAAGUCAUUUCUCCCCCUAGAUGUUUUAUACUGAUGCUCAUGCCUUUGUGUGAAGUAUUAAGCCCUCUGUUUAGAAAGUCAGCAAAGAGCAGUGUUGCGUAACUUACACAACAUCUCAGAGAAAUCUGCCCUGAAGGACAACAUUCCUCCACAGGGAGAGGUGAAAACCAAGGACUGAAAUGUCUUCAUUCUGCCUUUUUGGGCCUCAAAUAAAGGUGCAAAAAAACAAUAUGUAAUAUUUAAUAUUUUCAGCACUGAUAUCCCAAACAAAAAUUCAAUGUGUGAACUCGAAGGUUGAAGCAUAGGGAGCACUUCCACACGAACAGAUGUGGGGUUAACUCUGCUGUGUUUUUCUCAUCUUAUUUUUAACUUUUUCACCUUCUGCCGGAUGAUACGACCCAACCUUACAAAAACAAGAUGUAACAGAUACACAACUGAAAUACCGCCUACAUCCUCCCUGACCCACCAACACCCUGUUUUAACCCACAUCCGAAAACAGUUCAAUGCAGUAAAACCCUGCAGUCAAGUUGAAGCAGCCAGAUCAGGAAACACCAUUGAUUUCACUUUCUCUUCUGGAACCGCCUGCCCACACGGUGUGAUGUGUAAAAUCUAAUGAGUAGUAACACCAGGAUCAUCUCCGCCUACAGACUGUCUCAUUGAACCAUGGAGAAGGCCUGGACAGGCUCCAGUGUGUUGGCAACAAAUCCAGGCAGCUGCUGAGUCAGUGCACGCUCUGCUGCCGGCUUCCCUCUUACUACUGAGUGUCUGUCUCCCUCAGGCUGAGGUUUUUUUGCACAGAGCUGGCCCCUGGCACGGAUUCCUUUGUCGGCCUUUAACGAGGUGUGAUCUGUGGCUGUGUAGUAGACGAGACAAGUCAGGAACAUGCAGCUGCACAUAGCACUAAAACAAAAUCCUGAGAGUUGUUUUUGCGCUGUCGGAAAUACCGAUCUUUGAACGACCUGAACCAGGCAUUGUAAAUCAUAGACGUGGAACUUUAAGGACGAGUUCUUCCUUCUGGUUCUGGACAGCCACCAUUUUUUAUUUCAGCUCGAAAAAUCUGAAACAAAGACAAACGGCUGCGAAACAAGUGCUCAAUUUUACUGCUACGUCCGUCAACGGAGACAUUGUUAUGACAGGCUGCACAGUCAUUUAGAAUCUUAUGUCUUUAUGCGUUUUAAUAUCAAAUGCUAAGUUUUGUUUGAACCUGCAUGUAAGAUAAGAUAAGAAAAGAUAAGAUGUUUAAUAGUCCCAUGGGGGGAAAUUCCAAAUUUACAGCAGCACAGUAUAGAUACAAAAAGAGAAAAAAUAAAAGAUAAAGAAACUUUGAGUUAAAAAAAAAGAGAUACAUGCAUCAUAUUUACAUAUGUACAGAAUUUACAUAAUAAUUGGAUUUAUUGCACAUUGAGGUUCCUGUUGUGGAGUCUGACAGCUGCAGGAAGGAAAGACCUGCAAACCUCUCCGAGACCUGUAUCUCUCCAAGCCACUACCGCGUUUGUUGGUUUUUUGGUUUGUUGGUUUGUUGACAGCACAGGCCAAUACAACUCUUCUUCUGUGACACCGGACAACUUUGCAUCCAAAUGCUUCUAAUCUGACUGAAGCUCGGUGCAUGUAUACACACGUCAUGGUUAUUUGAUUUUGCGCCCAUGUAAACAGUGGAUUCAGAUUAUCAGAUCCCUCAAAUUUUAAUCGGAUUAAAAAAUUUUGUCCAUGUGAACAUGGCUAAGGUGUGUUCGAUUAGAUUUUGCUUGCACCAGAUAUUGUCAUUACCCACAUAUUUAACGUAAACAGUGAUUGUUUCUUAGACCAUAUUGCACACCUUUAGGAUACGUGAAGACAUUUAUGCACUUGUGUGUCGUCUCCGUCUUUAAACACCAGCAGUUGCCUCUUGAAAUGGACCUCCUUAUUGUGAGAGUGGGCUGUGAUUGGUCCGUCACUGAUUUGAAAUGUUGAUACAUUCAGCUGGCUGUCAGCUGAUUACAGCUGGGAUGGAUGAUUUCCAUGUCUGGCAUGAACCCGUGCAAAGCUUCACGAGUACAAGAGUCAAAAAUAUUCCUGCAGAAGUCUCCAUAAUUAUUUGCCGGGGAGGAUUUGAAGGGAAUCUUCUCUGUUCAGAAAGGAUUAGGAACAGAGAUGUCCUCUGCAAAAUGUUUGAUCCUCUGAGGUUAUAUCCGGACAAAGCAGCAAGAAAUCUCAAGGUCACGUCCCUCUCCUACCUACUUCUCUAUAUCAGGAUGUGAGUCUCGUCACACACAUCAUGACUAGUCCUGAUCCAUCUGGCUCUGUGUGUCUGUGGAGAGGUCGGCCCAUUAUUCAGCCUCAGUCAGACAGUCUCCUCUGACACAACUAUUCACUCCUCUGCUGCUGUUUCAGCUGCCGCUACCGCUGCUGGGGAUAUUAACAGAUUACCCGUGAGCCGACCUUUCAUAGCUGAGCUCUUUGUUUUUCCACAACACAUAGCUGUAAACAAUUUCUUUCUGCAGUAAUGGCUGCUCUUUUUCUGCCAUAUUUGUGUGUGUGUGUUACACUUGUGUUGUUGCCUCUUUGAAGUGUAAUGUCUCCAGAAAGCUCACGGGGUGUGUUAAUGUGGAGAAUAAAGGUAUUAUUCUAAUCCACGAAUGAGGCAGAUGGCUGCAGGAGCAGAUUGUGGGGUUUGAUUAAUGACCAAAUAAAUGGACGUUAGUCUGCAUGAGUGAAGGACACCGCUCAGUGUUGUGGUUUUAGUCUUUGUUUUUAGCGGCUGCAUAGGUCCCUCCCUCUUACUCUAAACUGUGCCAGCAGCCCUGCCGGAGUGGAGAGCACAGCCAUCUGCCACUAUAACUGUGUGUGUGAGUGUUUUCUGUGAUGCCAGCACAGGAUCCUGCAUGGUGUGAGCCAACACAGUCUGUGCCAUGGUAUUUUUGAUAUCAGAACCUUAGUCUGUUUUUUUUUUUUUUUUUUCGCUUGUGCAGACAGAGAGCUUUUUUAUUUCGUCCCUGUAUCAUAUCUUCCUCUUUCUUUAAACUUAUCUGUGUUAGCUGAUAUAAAUAUGUUGAGCUGCACAUUUUUACAAAGUAGCUUUUUCAGAUUUAUUCAUUUGUGGUCAAUCCUGUCAAUAAAUUAUUGAGUUAGACUGUUUAAUUUUAGUAAUGGACAGCAGGACUGUUGGUAUCAACACAAUAAUGCAUUGAUAGAAGGUCUGCUGGUUACAAAAUCAAAACCAUGCUCCUUCUGUUUUACUUUGGUUAGACCACCAGGACUGAAAUACUGCAGCCCAGUCCUCCCCUGUUACACUUUAACUGAUAAAAAAAAACUGCAACAACUGUGGAUCGAUGUGCUUGGUAUUAAAGUUAGUACAGACAUUAUUGACUGUACAGACUUCUGGUGGAGUGCUGCAGAGUGACACGGGCACACCAACAGAGAGGUAUAUGAUACUCAAUAUGGCAUUGGUUACCAUGGCGUAGGUACAGAGUAGAUGUGGUGCAGAGGCACAUAUACCAGACUUGGAAAAGGCCAAGAUUUGUAGAGCAAAGAAAAAUUAUGUUUAUAAGAUUAUUUUACGUAUUAUUUCAGACUAAAUCCCUCUUUUUGUUUUGUUUUUCAUUGUAUGUCUUUUUCACUUUCAAAUCUGUCACACUAAGUGUACUCACAGUUGCUGUGGAUCAGACUGUAGAUGUGUGUAGAGGUCACAUCAGGGCAGGCAGGGAUACGUCUACAAAGUAACUGUAACUCUGCAUAUUAUUCUGUCAGCAGGUGAAAUCUGUGGUUUUCUGUGUCAAAAAAUGUGGGUCAUCACGUUCUGUGAAUGCAGUGAAUAUUUUUUCACUACUUGUUCUCGGCUUUGGGUUGUCUCUGAAUAACUUUCUGCACUUCUCAAAACCCUUUUUGAACUGGCUUCACCAUUUUUUUGGUGGUAAUGCAAGCUGCAGCUUUCUUCUUCUUCUUCUUCUUCUUCUUCUUCUUCUUCUUCUUCUGACUAUAUUGGGGUUAGCGCCAUUUUGAGGAGUGUCUGAAACCUGAGUGACCAAUUCCAGUGCCCCAUAUAGGCGACUCAAAACUUCCCAUUAACCAUUGCAAAAUGUGGUGACCAUCCGAUGGUCACUCACCGGUGGUGGGCAUCCCAUCAUGCAUUGCAUCUUGCCAUGUAGUGUCUGAAACCUCCGGUGAUUGAGUUCACUACAUAGUCAACAAUAUAGUAAAAAUCCCAUAUGGGGGUUAGGGAUUGAGUGAUUUAUUUCGGACACAGUCGUUGUUGUUGUUGUUCUUCUUCUUCUUCUUGCCAUGUCUGUUUCUGCUGCUAGCAUACUGCCUCCUUCUUUCAGAAUGUGUAGUCUUGCUAAUACGCAUAAUUAGUAGUUUAUAUAGAAUUAUGCUGCACGCUCACUGUUAUCUCACAACUAUUUUUGAUUCCUAUGACAGUUUCUCAUUUAAACCAACAGAAAACAAACAUCCUGAUAAUCCUGAGCUUAUAGAAUAACAAACACAGACAGAUGUUUACUAAUGCUGAUGUAUAGCUGUUCAGCGUUCACAUAAGUGACUCAUUUACUUCGAAACAUUUCAAUGUUUAAAUAAUAAGAAUAUGAAGUUUUAAUCCUUGGGGAGGAGGAGGUGAAGUUAAGACUCUCAGGUAUCUCAUUGAUUCAGCGGAAUUAUCAUUUAGAGUGAUACUUAGCUUAUCUGUCUGUCUGUUGUUUUCUUAUCAGGAGGCUUAGAUAAUACUGAGGCUGUCUGUUUAAUCCUCCGGCUUCUGUCGCAGCUAAGUUGUGUGUGUUUGUGCGUGUGUGCGUUAUCUCAGGGUUUUCAUUUCCUCACAGACAGAUCAACUCAGAGAGACAAGAGGAUAGAGAGGAGAUGAGACUGUGCGGCAGCAGGGCUGCGGUGCUUCCCCCGCUGCUCACUUCACUUUGUGAGCUUGUUGUUGGACUGCUGAUGUCUGACAUACAGCGUUUCCAGCAGCAACAGCGUGAACUUUGUUGUACCUCCCUCAUCUUUGAGUCAAGCAGAAGAAGAUAGCACCAUUAUCUGUACUCAGAGCAGCAGGCCUCGAUAUUAAUAACAUAGAAAAAACACUUCCUUUAUCAGUCCGGUUUACACAUGUGGGAUUCUGUCACUUUAAAAGCCAACAUACUUUUGCUUUUAGAGACUAUUUGAUUAAAUAUUUGACAAACGGCCGCAUUAGACCUGUCAGUCUCGACUACAUAAUUUUUUCAUUUUAUAACCCGGCCUGUGUUGCUCUUCAUUUCAUUUAUCCACACCAGCCCUUAUUCACAGCAACUUCUCAGAUUUCAGCAGCUUUUUGUUGAAGUUACUCCUCGUGUCCAUCUGUUGAUUCAAACUCUGUUCACAGCCUGUUAUGAACCACUGCAGCAGAAUAAACACCAACAGCACUUAAGGCCUAUAAUCAUUAACUCGGGCGUCACUUUGAGGGAGUCAUUCUCAUCCUAAUCAGGACAUUUUGUGUACCUGGGCGGUUGUUUGAUGUCCACACUGACUGCAGUUACACUAAACAGCUUCAUUUGUUGCCAAAUAAAAUACUUUCUAUUUCAGUUAAAGUUAACCAAGGAUCAGUAACGGGCUGUGCAAUCUAACCAUAUCCAACCUGCACCCUAGUGUGGCAGUUUUAAUGACGGUGACUAAAUGUGUUUGCAUUAAAAAAAAAGAAAAACUGUUGAAACACAAAGAAGUUGCAACCUAAUGUUGGUAUAAGCAGUAAUUUCUUAUCAAUCCCUCUGUAAAAAUACUAGUCAACUUGUAAAGGAUCUUACAAGUCGAUUGACUCUGUUCUUCUCUCCUCUUUUUACAGCCAUCAAGGUGAACUGUCAGGGCUCAUGUGGGAUCUCCAACAAAGUGAACGACAGCUCAUGGACUUUGGAGGAGCAGUACUUUAACAGCACGUUGUCAGUUGCUGACAAAGGUAAUCAUAUCAAAAAACUUGAAAACGUCCUGGUGCUUUAUUUCAUCAGUAUGCAAAGAUUAGUUUUAAAGUCUCAUGUGUUUCAGUUUUUAAGGAGCUACUAAAAUCCAGUCACUGACUUACGCGCAUAUUAGUUUAUCCAGAAGUUUCUCCAAGUGUGCCCAGAUAGGAAUAAAACUGACCCACCAAGAAGGAGUAUUUUUCUAUCUGAAACAUUUUCAAUUUCUGGUCAGAGGAUUUGAUCAAAGUAAACAUAAAUCCUGUGAGGCUCAAAUAGAGUAAAAAAUAGCAUUUGUUGUCUUUCAAAGGUGGAGGACUAGAAAGAGGUGAGUCUUACAGAGGACAGGAGAAAAGACGCCACAGGGUGAAAUUGAACCUGGGCUCUUGCAUUUGCAACAAACUUUAAUGGGGCGCUCACACCAAGCGCGAGUAAAAUCAUUAACUUGCUUAAUUCGCAUGAAUCUAGACGCGUGAAUGAAUAGUAUUUACCCGCUUUAUUCACGCGUCAACAGUAUUUCAAUGGUAAUCCCUGCCAAUUCAACCGGCAGGAUUAAGUGAUAGACAAAGAUUUUUUACAAUUUACCAGGUGAUCCGACCUCCUCACUCACUUGCCUCCAGCCGAGCUCCUUAUCCGGGCAUCCACACACCGACAUGAUCAGUUUGUUCUCCAUUUUCGAUACCAGUGAACAACUGUCUGUUUUCAUAUAUCCCCCGGCAACCUUAUCAUGACACGAAUAUCCGCUCAAGUCGAGACAUACUCAGCUCCCGCCCAGUUCACGUCAUUCACGCUGCCAGAGUAGUAGGAGCGUCUAACCGCGUCUUUGCGUGUAGUUCAUUCACGUGAAUGAAUUUACUCGCGCUUGGUGUGUGGAGACAGUAAAACCUUUAUCUUCUUCCUGGAUAAUGAAUUUAAUGUGCAUGAUGCUAAAUGAGAUGAAAUUGCAACUUGAUGAAGGCAAGAAGUUUAUUGUGUAACAGCUUCAUAGUCCUUUACACGUACAGCAGAUCAAUGCUAAAUGAAUUUGACUCUUAUCUCUGUUUUGUAUGAAAAUUUGAAGUGUCUGAGUCUCAACUUUCCUCCCAAAGCAACAAGUCUAAGGUGGCUGAGACCUUUCCCUUCAUUUGGUUCAUGGGAAAUCUGCUGCACAGGUUCAAUCUCCCAGGUGCAUCAGCAGGUUAUUGCAGCCCUGUAGUUUAGGGUUGACGCCUCAAUCAGUUCGAGUAGUGGUCCCUGCAGGGAGGGGAUGUUCCUGCCUUUCUGUUUGCCGCCUCCCUGAGGGGACGUGGUCAUCAAUGUGGCGCGCUGGCUGGUGAAAAGGUUGGACAAGCCCCACAGAGGACAAGUUUAAUGUCUCCUUUCCUUCAGUCUGUGUCGAACACCCUUCCCCGCUGCUCUGAGGCCCCACUCACCCACGGGAAAGAGAGCUUACACAGCCUUUUGUUGUGAGCGUGAUCUUCCAUCUUUUGUAUGUGCUGACAAACCGCCCACAGCCAGAAGGUGAAAUGUGCUGUUCAUGCAUGAAAUCUGUGGUAAAUGCAAAUUACAUCGUUGGGUGUCAUGGUAGGCACUGGAGCAUAAAAUCCAUGCUGGUCAAACACCAACGAGCAGUCCAAUGUUUAACUCUCAGGACUGUGCGCUUCAACACACACAGUAUACAUCACACCUUUAUUUUAUAUGCCUUGCUGCUGGAAAGUGCAUUAUCUGAGGUGUACUGUACUUAGGGAGAAUGUUGAAAUGCUUGUUCUGGUUUUCAGUAAUGGGCUACUGUUAUUCUACAAUAAUUAUAAAAGCUGCACCGCCAGAUGAACUCGCUUAUAAGAAGUAAUGAAUAAGUGAACAACUACUUGUAACUAGUCCUUGUAAAUGCUGCUUUGUUUUAGUUACUCAUUGAAGAUGUACCUGAUAGGGAAAUCGUGAAGUUGGAUAAAAAGGGACUCUGAAUGUUCCAUCUGCAUUUUAGUGGACAAAUGUUUCACUGUUUUCUCCUGUGUCUGUUUCCUGUUUGGUCAAAACUGACGCAUGAUAUUUUAUUUCUCUUCUAUUUAAAGAAAAGCUUCAUCAUAGGGCACAUUAUAAUGAGCACAUUGUCCGAACUGGUACAAUGUCAGCUUUAGUAUCCUUUUACAUGAUUUACCCCAGUUGACUUGAGAGAAAGUGGGUCUAUUGUUGGAGAAAAUACCAAACAGGGAAGUGAAAUGAGAGCUUCAAAGGCGUAGCGUACUCAAGCUCAGCAAAAAGCAGGUACAAACAUGAAGAUCCAGCUCAUACAGUUAAACCUCAAACCUGUUUAAAUACUGCUGUUUGAGCUUUGCUCUGAUUGGCUCACGGGUAUAAAUCUGAUACAAAUGUGUGAACAAGAAAACACACACAUAUCACAUUUUACUGAGGUAUUGAAGUAUUUUCUUUACUAUUCAAUUACAAAUUUGUUGGCCAAAAUCACGUUACCUGUGUCAUUUUCGAGGUCAUUUCCUCUGCAGAGCUCCAGUAGCUCACUAGCAAUUUGCCUCUGAGUCGUGGGCGGAGACAGUGCUGCUCUACACACUCCCCAUCAUGCUAGCUUGUAGCCUAACAUUGCUGGUGUAGCAGAAGUAGCAGGUAAUCUAGGGUUAGAGUUUUCGGACACUAAUGUCUUUGGGAGCAUGAUGAAAGCUAAUAACAUAAUUAGCUUUCUUGCAAGCAUUGCAAUCCGCUAUUGCACACACUUGUUCUGCGAUCAUCCUUUCUACUUCUCGGAGUCUGGCCUGCAGAGCGGGGCGCUGGGGGCAGAGCUGGGGGCGUACUCAGAAAUGCAUUUUUGCACUUAGUUUUCUCAUGAUAUGUCCUCUAGCAUCAGAAAAAUGCCAUAUGAACAUCUAGACAAUAAGAAAAACAUGAUUUUCAUCAGAGUGGUUCUUUAAGGACACCCAUCCAUUUUCUACCACUCUUCCCAUUAGGGGUUAUGGGGGUCUGGAGCCUAUCCCUGUAUCUUGGGGUGAAGGCAGGGGACAUCCAGGACAAGUCGCCAGUUCAUCGCAGGGUUGACAUAUAGAGACAAACAACCAUCCACACUCACAUUUACACCUACGGGCAAUUUAGAAGUGACCAAUUAACGUAACCGCACUUCAGCAUUUUUUCAGGAUGUGGGAUGAAAACCGGAGUACCCGGAGUAAACCCACACAGACACACGGAGAACAUUCUUUAAGGACAGAGUUUUGAAAUCUGUUCAAUUUAAGCUGUGAAUUAAACUUCGAAAAAGCAAAAUAUUCGCCCAAAUUGCUGCAUAUGAUCUGUCCACACACACGGAGACCUCCUAGAGGAGAGAAGAAACCAUAAAACAAUAUUUGCAAUGCCGUAUUGACAGGAGUAGUUUGAGUGAGAGUAAAACCCAUUCAACAUCUAGUUAGACACACACUUACACACACACCGUAGACUCUUGACACACCAGACACAGCUCACUCCAAAAGGAGACAUAAAUAAUUCAUUACACACCCUCUCCAUGCUCUCCUUUAUCUCUGCCAUUUUUCCAUAUCCCAUUCUCUUCCCAAAAUGGACCGCUGUGCCCCGAAGAGACGUGGGAGUGUAAGACAGGGUGACAGAAGACCACCGCACACACACACACAUGCACACAAACGGACACAAGCACGCUCACACACAAAGCUGGUGAGGUUGACUGAUUAUGUGGUAUGCUCCAGAUGCUUGACGGUUGGCGAUGGGUGAGGACCAGUGAUGUCAGCGUCUGCUCUUCAUCCUGUCACUUUUGUGAGUUAAUGACCUUCAGGAAACGAGGAUCCCCCUCCCACUGCUGCAGUUGGAGUGGUUACAGUGGAGACUCCAUUUAGACACUCACAGCUUUACACUCAGAGUCACAUUAAUGUAGCAUACUUUACAUGCCUAACUCAUGAUACUGGACCAGAGAAGUUCUUAUAGUUUAAUGACUGACUUCAGGGUUUAUAGGUCAUCUUAUGAUCUAUUCAUACAGCACAAAGCAGAUAUAUCGACUUACUUAACGUUGCUGCAGCUUGGAUUAUCAUUUCUUAGUUUGGAAAAUCGUCCUCUAUCAGUCCUUAUUUUGCGGUCAGCAACUCCAAAAUAUUUGUGCCCAAAAAAGCAAACAGCCGUGCAUAGGGUGGGACUAACUUUAAAAACAAACCUACUUUUAUAAUACCUCAUAUAUCAUGAUAUUGAACAAGGUUUUUCAUUUUAGACCCUUAAAGAUUCAACGUAGUGAGAUUUUAUGACCGAGCUGUAACUUUUUCAAGCACUAAUAAAAACACAUACAGGAAAGUUUAUGUAAAAUCUGUGGUUACAAAAAUAUGAGUACUUAAAGCUCCUUUGAGGAGUUUUUUUAUGGUAAUGAAGUAAACUGAUUAUGUUGAUGCUUUUAUAUGAGAUCCUAAAUCAAAGAAGGCCGUAAGCAACAGGAUUGAGGAUUUUUUUAUCCUAAUUCUUGAUGCCUGAAACCUGUGCAAAGGGGUAGGUGUCAGCUGAAGAAAGAGUCCUGAAUGCCUGGUUGAAUUUUUGGUUUUGAGGGGUAAAUAGGCUGUUAGUAGGUUUUCCAGCAUGGCUUUCCCUGACACUCUGUAUGGUGUAAUGUUUUCUCAAAUCAGUAGCACUGUAGGUGGAGAUGUUUUAAAAAGACUAAUUGGUUUAAGGUCAGAGAAAUACUGAAACACUCCGUACACUUACAUGACACUUGAGAAAACUGAAUUAUUGUCUUACUCUGAUGAAGUCCGGACAACUGAAAUGCAUGUAAGCACCUUAGUCUGACGUGUCUCAUGUGUGCCACGCCCCUGUAACCCUGGAACAAAAACACCAGAGAAGAGGAGUAGCCUGCACCUCAUCUGCAGAAAAAGUAGCACGUACAUCAUGUCCGACAAAAACAACGCUGUAAGAUGCUCUAUCUUCUCCGCUGAAAAGACCUAUAUCGCCCCCUAGUUUUGGGGAGGAGGACACGUUCACAUCAAUAACUCGAUUUUCUCAGCUGCAUGUGUACGCAGACAAGGAGAGAAGUCUGAUUCUGCAAAAAAAUAAACCAAAUUAUGAGCUUAGUCUGAUAAAACUGUGCAUGUAAACACACUGAGUGUUGAGCCAAGUUACACACAGCUGAAAUUAGAGGGGUCAUGAGUCUAUGAAAAGUAGCUCUCUCUGCAUGUUUACCAAAAUAGAAAUAUUUCUCUCAUGAUUGUUUAUUUUUAGUCAGCCUGAAAAGUUCAGUUGAGUCUAUAAACUGGCUGUUGCACCUGCACAGUUCUGGUUGAGAGCAUGACUGCUUCCUCUAGCAGGAAACACCAUGCAAAUGAACACACACACUUAGACACACAUUGGGCACUUCCUCCCAGGAAACAGAUCAGCGGAAAAAAAUUGUGCACGCCCCUAAUGAGGUGAGACAUGUUGCUGUAGAGUUCAGUCUGAUGGGGCUGUCAGCUGUUCAGGGAAUUAAUAACCUGACUGAUUCAAGGUGCUCUCAGAGUGACGGGGAUAUAAAACGUGUUGAGCAGGUGCUUUCUGCUCUGUUGAAUAAUGUGACUGAGCUUAAGAAGUGAAGUUUAAAUGAGUUGCAGAACAUUUGCUUGAUAAAAUAUACAGUUUUCUUGAUUAUAUUUAUAUUUAAAGCUGCUGUAAUACAAGUUUUAUUCUACAUGAUACAUAGGCAUACAGGCAGUCCUGGGUCAGAGAUAUUUUCAGUUAUGAAUUUUAGCUCUCAAGGAUGUGAAAUUGGACUCUAAAGUUAUAAAUCAUUAAAUUCAUAAAUAUAUGAAUUUAUAAAUUAUUAAAAUCAAAUUAUAUCUGGCCUCUGCUAACGCCCUAGCUUCACAUAAAUAAGUUCCGUUCAGAUAGAAUGGACUUAACAGAGUUAGUUUUACUCCGUAACACCGCCUCACACCUCUCAGAAGGGCACUUGUGUUUGUGUAAACACGGUGAGACCUGCUUUGGUUUGCACUGUGUUGACUGAUAAUAUCAAAAACACAGAGUUUACAGACAGAUAUUGUUGCGUUGAACUCCAUCCCGCCUGUGUGAAGGCCUCUUUUCAAACUGGUUCAGAUUUGUUUCCAACCCAAAGCAGUAAAAACUGAAGGGCAAUGUAAUCGAUGAUCCAUGAACUCCAACACACCAAACAUAGAUAUUGAAAGCACUCAGAGUACUUAUAAACACUGAUAUUGUUGAAAACAUCUUUGUUUUCAUAAUGCCUGUCUCAAAUCAACCGGUGCCUCGAUUUAAUACACACCAGUACCCAUGACCAGUUUCCUGAUGCCACAGAGAGUGUACCCAGUGUUGCCACCAUUGGCAUAUAUUCUGAUUUCUUUACGAGUUGUUUUGGUGCGACGACGCUAACGUGUGGAUGACACACAGGAAAAGAAUGCAUCCAGUCUCGGGUCAAUCACAGCUUACCUCACAGGGCUCGUAAAUCAUUGAUUAUCUUUGCUGGGAAACUUCUCCAGCUUUACAGCCCACAGUUUGUUUGCUCAGACACUGGUUUGUUGGAAUUUCCUUGAAAUGUUCCAGAGUGCAUGCGUGAAAACAUCUUUGGUUUCAGUUGUUAGUUUUGUUCGCUUCAAAAGACGCCUCGGCUCAGCUGUCUUUCUCUCAGAAACCCCACCCCCCUGGGAAAGUAGGUGAGGCCCUCAGGCGUUGUGCUACAACUGCACAUUUACUGCUAUUAUGAAGAUUUACAAAGCCUGAUAAUUAUCUUGGAAACUUUAUUUUGUUUAUCUGUAAGAGUGACUUAUGUAACUCACAAGUCUUUCUCUUUUCACAGGAACUCUGGCGGCAGGUGAACACAGUUUCCCUUUCCAGUUUCUCAUUCCAGGUAAGUGUGGGAUUUAUCAUUACAACCCUUAUCCCUCCACGUCAAAGACACAACCCUGGUUACUGCAACAGUUUCCUAAUGGGUCUGUCUUAUCAGGGCGUGCAGGUGUGAUGACCUCUGAUAAUGUGGGACUUUCUAAGUGUGUAUUUAAGAAGUGUUCAGCCCAAAGCUCCUUGUAUCUGACACAGAGCAGACGUGUGAUAAGGAUGUUGUGUAAAAGCUCAUUACAAAGUUAAUGUUUGAAAGAUUUGGCAUGGAAAUGCUCAGUGUGAUAAUGCACGGUCAUUACAGGAACUGAAGUUGUUGAUUCCUGAAAGCUGACAAAAAGAAAACUCAGCAACAUAGUCAUGAAAAUAAUAACACACGCAGAGAGGAGCUGAAAAUACAUGGCACCCGUGAGGACACACAGUGCUGCAUCUGUCUGGUAUCUUCCACUCUCUCAGGCGUGGGUUGGAGCACAGGAGAGGGCUGGGGUUAUUUUUAGUCCCCCCUCCUGUUGUGCAGUCACUGUUUAAUUGGUCUUCAUGCCCCCGUGCUUCGCCCUCCCCUCCUGUCAGGCCCUCAGAAUUGAGAGCAUCAGCACAGGGCAUAUUAACUACCGAGCUAUCAUGUAGUGAUAAGUAACUCACUGGAGAAUCUAAUGUGUCCUACUGCCCCCUGCUGGUGCAGCAAAGAGGCAGGCAGGAUUCGUGAUAUGUUGAUAUCUUAAAGUGUGCUGGUCAGAAACUUGACUUUUGAUACAGCAGGAUCCUCAUAUUAAAAAAAUAUAUACAUACAUCAGAUCACACUGAAAAAUCAGUAUUAGCGAAGGUGAAUUGAACUGUUUAUUCCAACAUGCAACAAUCAUGCAAGUGUCUUUUAAUCUCCUCAUACUCUUAAAUAUACAAAAGAUAUCAAGUCUAAAACACAGUGAAACCCACAGUCACUGAAAGGAAGCAAAGGCAGUACCUACAACCCAACAAUCAAGAUAGACGCAUCUGCUAGAGUAAAGACUGAGAGUGCAUGACUAACCUGAACAAACAAAACAGAGAAACAACCACCACCAAAUGAUUCUCAGAAAUCAUGCCAAAUUUUGGCUCAUCAGACCACAGUACAGCCUUUAACUUUGGUCUUUAUGUGGCAUAGGCUCAGAUAUGUCUUUGGCAUUUUUGGAUCCAUCCAUCCAUCCAUUUUCUACCGCUUAUUCCCGUUCCUGGGGUCACGGGGGGGUGGAGCCUAUCCCAGCAUCUUCGGGCGAAGGCAGGGGACACCUUGGACGAGUCGCCAGUUCAUCGCAGGGCUGACAUAUAGAGACGAACAACCAUCCACGCUCACAUUCACACCUACGGGCAAUUUGGAAGUGGCCAAUUAACCUAACCCCACUUAGGCAUUUUGGAUCCUGUUUGUAUAAUAAUGAUAAUAACUUCUAUAAUAUAAUAGAUUUUUAUAGCACUUUUAAAAACAGAAGUUUACAAAGUGCUCGGUUUCCUCUUUGUAUGGUGAAGUUUUAUCCUGCAUUUGUGGGCGCAGCGACAAACUGUGUUCACAGACGGUGGUAUUUAGAGGUGAUUUUUGGCUCAUGCAGUGACUUCCACUACAGAGUCAUGUCUGUUUUUCUAAAACUGUGCCACCUGAGGGCCCAAAGGUCAUUGCCGUAUGAUACCAACCUCUUACCAGUUAUCCAAAUGAGUUAAGAGAUGUUCCUCCGGGUGUUUAUUUAUUUAUUUUUUUUACAUUUAAAAUUUGGUUUAAAAUUUUGCAAACCAUUAAAACGUGUUUUUAUUGAAAUUUAACACAGUAUCCCAACUUUUACCAAAGUAGGGCCGUAUAAUGCUUUAAUUUGGCAGCACAUCAGUCUCAUAGUUUUCAAAGAGUAACUUUACUGUCAACCAUCUAAAACAAGCAAAAUAAAAAAGCAAGUUUUUGAUAGAGGAGGAGUUGAGAAGAUUACAUUUUAAGCUACAGUGCUAAUGUUAGGAGUUAUGUUAGCCUGGGGUGGAGUUUAAUAAAAAAAAAAAAGAAAGCCGUGUGAGCAAGUAUUUUUCUUUUACAUAAUUUCCCACAAGCCAGGAUCAGGUGACAGGACGGAGGCAUCAGGUGUUGUCUCUGUCUGAUCAUUUCUCACUGAUAGGACAGAGAAACUCAAAAAUAAUAGGAAGGCGUAGGCUGAGAUAAAGCGCAGGGACACUUAGAGGGAUAAAUAGAGUUACAUGAAUUGUUGUUUGGCCUCAUUCCAAAGAGACACUAGAUACGAGUUCAGGAAGGUAAGCGGACAAAAGAGAAUAAAGCUGACUCAAAAAACAGAGCGCUCUAAACUUGUUCUCUUUUGUAAUCAUUUGUAUUCAGACUAAUAAACAGAACACAACUGAACAUCCAGGGAGCAGAUGAUUAUCUAAAUCCCCAAAACAUCUUCGUAUCACAGUGUUGAUUUUCUGAAAUGAGACUGUCAGCUGUGUUACAUUUCAAAACAUCAGCGCUGAGCUGGGAGGAGGGUUGGGGAUUUGGGAGUGUUAUCAGCUGCUUUACUCAGAUCAGGGAGGAUACUGUCAAAAAAAGUAUGUGUGAAAUUUUUGCUGCUUCUGCUGAUGAGCCAGAAAACAAAAUGUUACCUUGAAGUUUCUUCUCACAUCCCACUUGGUUCAGUGUUUAGCCAUAACACUUUCUGUCCCUGAUCUGUGAACUUGUGUGAGAGGGUUACUUUGAAAGUCUUGGUUGUCAAGCAUUAAGUUUAUGAAAUGUUGCAGGUGAAGGUUUUAAGUGAGCUAAAUUUGGAUGCAGACUGAAAUCUUCUUUAGAGGUUCAUGUGAUUUGAAAUAAAAAAGGAAUCUUUGUGAAAGCAUUUCAACAUGUAAUGAGGAACUGAUCCAUAGAUGAAUACAGUUCCUCAUUAGAGCGAGCAUGCUGGCAAUAAAUUAAGAUUUAACAUUAUACUGUUACUCACUAAAAAGUGAGGUAAAUACAAAUGAGAGCUGUGUUUAAGAGAUAUUUCAGAUUUUUUAGAUGAGUUUGUAUAAGUUAGAUGUCACUAGAACUUUAGGUAGCCUUUCAUUGGGCAUCCUCAGCAGAUGUCCGAGCCAUCUUAACCUGCAUUGGUCAGCUUGGCCUCUUUAUUAAAGAUGACAUUAAAGGAGCAUGUGGAGGAACACAUCUGUGUGCUGUGUCUGCAAAUAGUGCAAAAACAAAUGGGCUUUCAGCUGGCAAAAUAAAGGUAGAGCAUACAUUCAAACCAAGAUGAGUGUUAGGGUCAGACAAUCUUGAAAUGAGCCAAAGUCGACCAUACAUGGGAACAUGCCUAGCCUUCUGUUUCUACUAGCUGUUUCUCAGUAAGGGAGCAGACCCAUCACCUGACUGGUAUCCAUUGUGGUUAACACACAAACUACUAACAACCUAAAUAAAUAUAAAUAUUAAGCUAAAAUGUCUGUUGAAGAAGUCCCAGGAUAAGGCUCAGAAAAGUUGGUAAAAAAGGAACCCAAGAGCUGCUCAAUUUGUGAUGUCACAGAUUGAUGAAUCUCCUCCAAAGAAUAAUCAAUAAUAAAACUAAUCAAACAGAAAUGUCCUACUCUGUUCUUUGUUGACAGAAAUGUUCAUGUUGGAUGAGGUUAGGGUGCCAUAAUGUAUGGUCAUUUACAGAUUCGAACUACUGACUUUUAGGCAGUGUUCAUCAGCAGGAUGUUUACAGUCGCCUGUUUCACAUGAUAAUCUAAACAUCCACAGGUGAUCGUUGUGUGGACGAGGCUUGAUAUUAAGUCCUUGGAGAAACUGGACAGGCUGUAGAUUGUUUGGUGGCUUUCAGCUGCUUUGUUCAGCUCAGUCUGGUUCUGUCUCCAUGAAGGUCAGCCUGUAUUACAGCCUGUCCACCACCACUUUUCUCAAAACAACGUGCCACCACCUCUCGGUUAAUUCCUAUUGACAACAGCAGCAGACCCUCCCCUUGAGCUGGCGCUUGCCUCGCUGACAUUAACAUCUGAAUGAGCCUUGGUGAAAAAACAGAAUUCAUUAGAAAGGGGAGGCUGAGAUGGUGGCUCGGGUUUUGUUUUGGCAACACAUUAAUCACAUUAUUGUACAUCCUGUUUGGGCUGCACAGUGCUCACACAGCCAAAAUAUCUGUGAUGCUUUCCCCUUUCAGUGUCUCUAAUAUCUCUGCCUCUUUCGGCCCAUCUGCCUCCUUUCCCCCCAAAUAGUUAUUUUUAUCUCGGUCUCCUUAAAUUUCGUUUCCCCCAGCAGUUUAUCUCUGUUUCCUUGUCUCCUCUGCCCUUUCCUUUGGUCACAAAAACAAUCAGUGUCCUUGCAAUAAAGAUGAGAUAUGCAGGAAUCAGUCUGAGCAGCUCCUCACAGCUCUGAUAGAGGCCGACGUAGAGAAGGACACAGUUUUAACUCUGUUUUCACUUCUCAAAAUUAUCUAAAAUUAAAUCACAUUAAUCCUGAUUGAUGGGGCUUCUCUGCAAUGCAGACACAUGCUAUCUUUUGUUAAUGUCUUUUAGGUACAUUUUCUGUACAGUAAGGAAAACCAACACAGCAUGAAAUUUCUUCAUCUUUUAAGAGACUGAAAAACUUUUAGAUUAGAUGAGACAGAACUUUAUUGAUCCUUUUGGAAGAGUUUCCUAGGGGAAAUUCAAAAGAUCAAUUCAUCAAUCAGCCGAUUAAUGGCAUUUUGAAAUUACCUGUAUUGACCCUCACAAGGCAACACGAUCUUUUUAUUUCUGCAUGAAAACACAUUUUUACCCUCCUCAGUGACAGUAGUGGUAUAAGUUCUGUUAUGAUGUAGGAAAAAGUGAAGUUUAAUGUUGCUUCAGCUAGAUAGAAAUAUCAGACAUGUCCUAAAAUCUAUAACAUAAUCCAGUGUAUUUUAUUUUUAAACUCAUUCAAAAUCCAUUUUAAACAUGUUAGUGGCUAAGAUAACCGUGUCUUUUAGAUGUUAUUGUGCAUGAAAUAAUAGAUUUAUAUAUGACUUUGUUUUUUAUUAUUUAUUUUAACCACAUUAUCUAUAUGUAUUUUUAUUUCUUUUUAAAUAAUUAAAGAUGGCUGGACAGACAUUCAAAAUCCCUUUGUGUCAAUAUUUACCAAGAUAAAUAUUUUUCAUUUAUCUAAUCAAAUAUAUAUAUUUUUUCCUCUUUUGCAUUUUUUUUUCAGAUUGAUGUAAUUUGUCGAAUGCAUCUUAUAUUAGUAUAUCAUCUGUAUAUCACUCAGUUAUAUUGUGUUACUUCGCCCCAGUUUUCAGUGUGCAUCCUUUGGAGUGAUGUGCAUCCUUUGGAGUGAUGUGUUGGAGUGAUGUUUGUUAUGUCUUCUCAACCCUUCCCUUCCCUCCUCUCAGUUGCCGCCCCAACUUCCUUUGAGGGCCCUUUUGGAAAGGUUGCGUACCGUGUGAGGGCGGCCAUCGACACACCCCGCUUCAGUAAAGACUACAAAGCCCAGAGGGGCUUCUACCUUCUCAAUCUGCUCAACCUCAAUGAGGUGCCUGACAUUGAGGUGAGUGUAUCUUAAUCUCACUGCUCUUUUCAUACCUUUACAAAAUGUUUUCAUCAGUGCAGAAACAGCUGAUUAGACCUCUGAAUUUCUAACAACCACAAUCCGACCCCGUGAUUCUGAUUCUGUCUCCUCAGGAUCUGAGCUACGCUGUGAUUACUAAGAAAUUCAGCUACCUCCUGGUGAAGACGGGGACACUGAUGCUGAAAGCUCACAGUGACAUGAAGGGGUACAUCCCCGGCCAGGUCAUCAAGUUAGCCACUGAGAUCCACAACAAAUCAGGGAAGGACACAGGGUGUGUACUGGCAAGUCUUAUACAGGUAAGCUAUCACAUAUGACCUGCUGAAGUCAAAACAAUCUUUCUGCACGUCUUAAUUUUUGCUUAGUUAUGCAAAUUAAACAUUUACAUGUUUAGUAAACUUUAUUAUUAGAUGACUCAUGUGCAUAUUUUUCACACCAGAAAGUGACCUACAGGACCAAGCGGCCUGUGUACGACUGGCGCACCAUCGCUGAGGUGGAAGGAGCCGGGGUUAAAGCAGGAAAACACGCAGAGUGGAGGGAGCAGAUCAUCGUCCCUCCUCUGCCUCAGUCUGCACUGGCCGGCUGCAGCCUCAUAGAUAUCGACUAUUUCAUUCAGGUCAGAGUGUGUCUCCCUGUUUCUGUUUGGAGCAUUAAAUGAGGUUAAUGGCAGGUUACAAUACAUAAUAAAGUGAAGGCAAGUUUUAAAACACUCGACACAGUUUACAAAGGUCCUCAAAUUGUAAUCAGUGGGAUGAACUCUGAGAGCAACGUUGUUUUAUGUGUUUGUGGUUCAUGCUGGUGCCAACACUCAUUCAGCAUCAUCUUAGAUUUUAGGACUUGCUGAGAGAGUCAAGACUUUAAAUGCUACAUUUAUUGUUUCAACUUUUAAUGUUUGUAUAUAAACCGACAGUCCAGAACAUAAUGUGUUUGCUGUAUCUGCAGCAUUCAGCAUUUGGUUUGAAUAUUCAAUAAUGUGUUUAUUUUUCUUGACAUUAUUGGAAAUGUAUGACUGCAGCAGAGUUACUCUAAUAGUAAAAUACCUAAAAGUUGUGCCCGACGUACCUGGAGCUGAAAUAUUCCCCUUGAGUCUUGUGAAAAGCCAAAACUAAUGACACAGAAACAAUUUUUUUCUUUUUUUUGAGGCCAUUAUUUCCAACUGGACCAAAAUCUUUAAACACUGCACACAUAUAUAUUGUUUCAUUUCCUUAGAUUCACAUUCACUUGUGGUGGUUGUAUUUGCAGCAGCAGGAUGGUGUCGUGACGUGAUCUUUUAUUAUAGUUUUGGGCAAUACGAUCGAUUAGACCAAACACGUUUAGAUGGUUUGGGUCUUGUAUAUUUUUUAAAUAUCUAAUUGUGUUUAUUUUUCACCAAAGUAUAUCAUCUGUAGAGAUUAGGGUUGGGGUGCAACAAUGCCUCCUCUGUGUUGAUUACUUAAAUGCCACAACAAUUUGAUUUAGUCAGCUGAGAGGGACCGAAGUCCAAACUACUGAGGCGAGAUCAGAGAUCUUCACCAUCCUCAGUGAUCAGCUUCUGUCCAAUCAUGUAUCUAUGUAGGCAAAGGUAAAUCUACCCGAGGCCUGUGCUGUCUUCAUGAAUCCUGUUUGUCUUAAAGGUGUCACUAAAGUCUCCAGAGGCAGUCGUCACUCUGCCCAUCUACAUCGGGAACAUUGCUUUGAACUUGUCUCCAUCCAGACCCAUUCCCUCCAGUUCAGCAAACAUCGCUCUGGGUGCAACAGGAGUGACACCCAGCGCCCCACCAGCAGAGGAGGAGCUAGAGGAGGGGCUAUGUGCAGGGGGCGUGGCAAGUGAGGAGAUUCCCACCAAGAGUCACUCUCAGCAGGACCCCUCAGGUCAGCCAGUCACCAUGUCACCCAGCGCCUUCAGCCACGCUCCCGGGGCGGCCCUGCCUCCCAACCACAGACGACCUAAUGCCUCUGCCCCUCUGUUCUGUGUGUCCACCGGGGCCACCAUACCCUUCUUCACUGAGGGAGAAGUGACUCCUAUUCCCACUUCAUGUUCUCUCAUCCUCCCUCCAGAGUACAGCAGCUGGGAGUACCCUCAUGGUUAGUCCUUUAUGAUUAAAAAAAACACAUACAUGAUGCAUUCAAGGACACAUACAGUAUCAGUCUGCUGAGUGAGCUAUAUUCAGCCAUCUCUAUCACAGUCGGUGCUUUGAGUACACUCUGGCACUGUAGAGACAUUUGGGUCCUGGGACACUAACCAGUGUUUUAGUCCAGUCUGAGUCAAGUUUGAACCAUCAGUGAAGGAUCUGAGUCAUGUUCAAGUCAUGUCCUAAUCACCUGAGUCCGUCUGAGUCUUUAUUCCUGGAUUCCUGUGGAUGUUUCAGGAGGCGAGAAUGACUUGGUCAGACCUUUGCAUGUGCAGAAAACAGAUUUCGUUCCUUUUUUUGAGUCGUAUUUUGGGACACUUGCUUUUAUUAGAUAGGACAUCGGAAGAGAGACAGGAAAGGUCUUAGACCAGGAGACAAACCUAUUUAUUGAAAAUGUAAAUGUGCACAGCAUCUGUCUUAAUAAGAAGUGGCACUGACUGAAUCAGCUAUGAUAAGAUCACUGCAUGUGUUUCAUUGAAAAAAAGCAUAACGUCAUUUCACUUAGACUGUUCAAAGAAAUGCUUUAGGACAACAUCUGCUGUUACAGAUACACAAGUACGUACACUGACUUUUUUUGCCUUUGUGUGUUAUAGAGCCCCCACCCACUUAUGAGGAGAGCUGCAGCAGUGCUGACACCAGUUUUAACAGUAGACAAUAGAAAAGGAGCAGGUGAAGAAGCAACAUGGCCACACCCACCCUCACCUGUCUGCACUCACCUCUCAACAAUUCAGGAUGGAGACAUGCUGGGUAAAGGAGGAUGGACCAUAACUCCACCCCAGAACACCCCAAAGAUUGUUUCUUCGUCCUCAAAUCAGUGGAAAAGGGAUCAUAUCUGAUACUGAAUAUACGUUUAAUUUCACCUUGUGUCCCAACACUAAGUGUCAGACAGACAGGGUGACCAUCACUGUGCCUAAAAGAAGUAUUUGAGAAGUGCUGAGUGUCAUCUUAGAGCAUUUACAGCAGUCAGUGAGUGGAUAAACGCCUUUACUGAGCCUGAAGGGGGAAAUGUGUUCACUUUUGUUUUUUUUCAAUGACUUUUUGCAUCUGUGAUGCCUUGAAAUGAUUUAGGCCUAUUGAGGCUUAUCUGUGACCAGAUCAAAUGUUCAGCCUUUUUCGCAGUCCAAUGUGCACUUCUUACUGCUGUCUGCUUAUGUCUCAGUCGUCUUCAUCAUCAGCAGAGCAGAGCUGUUGUCAUGCUGGAUAUUUAAAGCCGAUCUUUCAGCCUAGCGUUUAAUUUUGUAAGUUAUAAGAGUGGAAACCUUGUGUGUAGGUUUGGUCUUUUAUUGUCAAGAGAAUAAGACUUUAACAUUUUCUUUUUUAUUAAGAUUUCAUUUUCCAAAGUGCUUCAGAAAGUCAGUGUAAUAGAAAAGAUCUGAAAUUAUGAGGCCUGGAAAGAAAAUCUUUUAAGUGUAGGCAAAAUGCAACAGAAGAAAAACCUUAUAUACUAUUGUUAAACAAAAUUUACAAGGGCCAAGGUCAAAAUAGUUUAGAUUGAAUGUAUAUUUAAUGAAAGGAAUCAAAAUGGGUGGAUUUUUUUAAUAAGACGCAACCCAACUCCAUUCAAAAUGACCAUUGCAUACAUUGUAGCUGCAUGCUUUGCUUUCUGCUAGUGUCUUUUUAUGCUACAACUACCAGAUUAUAUGCAGCCUACGCCCAGAGGCCGAAAAGCAAACACAAGCAACACUGCUCAAAUGUUUAACACAAGCAGCGUUUAUUAAAAAGUUUUAAAAGCACAAAAAAUAUGAUUGUAAGUAUGUUUGAAAAUACUCUCCCAGUGCUGAGACAACGACCUUAAAGCAGAAGAGCCUGAACUGUCGUGCACUGUUGGGGGAAAAAAUGAUCUUAGCUUAAAGUUCUGUAUCAUCUCUUCUACCACCUCCAAGUUUUGUCUCACACAGAUUAAAGGUUUUGCUCUGGCACAAGUUUUGUAUUCAGAGGAUGGUGUUUCUGCGGAAGAGGCUUAUUUUCUGCAGCGCUUUGGCUGUCUAACUCUGCCCUCUUGUGGUCAUCGCUUGAUAAACACGUUUAAAACUGAACUCAUCAACUAAAGCCAACGAAAUAGUGCUAAAUAGAUCCUUUUUAAAGACUUUACUAAUGAGAUGCAACAACUGAGAUCUGCUGUAUGGAUGUAAAUCUCUUUUUUCCUUGCAGGUGACAAACUAAGAUUGGAAGUGUGUAUUGUUUAUAUAGAUGACGCAUCGUUCAGCAUCCUGUUUUCAGUUUCAGUCUGAAUGAGAUUGGAUGUUUGUUUUUUCCUCCCACUUGUUGCCUUAACUUUCUUUUAUUGAGAUGAGAAUCUUCUGACAUUAUAGUUGGUGCAGACGUUUGCACAACACAGCACUUUUUACCAUUGGAGUGCAUGGGUUUCUUUAUACAUGUCUGCUAUACAUGUAUGUGAGUGUGUGUGUGUUUGUGUGUGCGUGUGUGUUUAAAUAUAUAAUAGAGCUAAUUUUGACAAAAUGUUGAUUUCACUGAGAUAAGUUUUUUAGAGUUCAACAAUUUCAUACCUGUUUUAUUCAGCAUUAGUGUUAAAUUAUGUCUCAGAUUUUGUUCUUGCCUGUGUAAAGGGGCAGGGUGUUCAUUUAAAAUAUUUACUUUUACAGUUGAAUUGUGGUCGGAUUCAAUCAUAUCUUCAAAUUUGUCUUACCCUGAAGCUGUAAUUAAAAACUAAAGAAUUUUAACAUUGACAUUUUUGGAUUUUUUUUGCACAUAAGAGUUUGAAUGAGUCAUAAAAUUGUAAACUUUGAACAUCACUUAAAUUAUUUUAUAUCUGAUUUUGCAGAAAUUUGUCAUAUCAUGUCAUAUGGUGGUGGUAGAAAUAUUCUCAAAUUAAAUAAUUUGAAUUAUGUCAACCUUUUUACCCAGGUCUUCUGUGUUAUAAGAGCAUCACCACACUUAAUUGUCACUCAUCAGUUGGAAACUGUGUCACUGAAAAUUGUAAGCACAACUCCUGUACUGUUUGUUUGAUUGUAUGAAUUGUUUGUAUGAAUAUUGAUGUGUUUGUCUUAUUCUAUCAUGUAAGUACAAUUCAUCCUGCAGAUUUAGAGGAAAAAAAAACAGUGCUGGUGUCGGCUCUUGACUGUAGAUCAUCUUGCCAAGUUUUAUUGAGUAUCUGUAUUUUCUUCAUGCAGGGAAAGUGCUGUCAGUGCUGUCACUGUUGACAUUCACUCAGAUUUAAAACCUUCUGGCUCUACAUUAUUGUGAAUGCAUGCCUUAAACAACCUUGAAUCCCAGCUCACCAUCCAGGAGCUUGAGAUGGACUUUUCUUCUCAUCUGUCAGGGAUGAUAUCAGGAUGUGCAUGUGCAGCUCUCCCUGAUUUCCUCUCCUGUGGACUGUGCGAAGUGCACUUGAUGAAUACAAAUGUAGCUAACAGUGAACACACUGGAUCUUAAACCUGUUGAACCCCGUUUUAUUGUUUUGAAUUCAUGUGCAAUUCCUCUCAUUCCUGAAAACCCUGCAGCAGCUUCUUGACAUCAUUUCUCACUGCCUCUGUUACACCUAGUCCCCUUGAUUUCCUCUCCACCAAAAGGUACUAUAGCUUUAUGAGGCCCCCUCUUGUUUUGUGUCAUUUGUCAUUCCUCCUCCCUCACACAUUGAUGAGUGUCUGGUUUUGUAUUUUUCUACUUGUAAACUGUUUACAGGUGCAGUAUGCAGAUACUACGGUGGCACCUCAAUCAGUUAAUGUUAUAUUUCAACUUACAGUACAGAAUCCAAAUUGUACUGUCAAGUGUAACAAUAAAGAUAUAUGACCUGUA